UAAAUUCAGGUUGCCGUGGGCAACCGGGUUUUGGGUGGUGACUCGUCUGCGGGUGUUUAGUGAAUCCUUCUGCUGGCCUCCUUUUAUUUUGAGGCAGGCAAGAAGCAGCGGACUGUAGAUCAAUGUGCCUAGGACGCGUGUAGUCGCUACUGAUCGGGACGUGGGUGAACUGGGGCGCGUGCGAUUGUUCCAGUGCGCUCGAGGCAGCUGCCCUACCCGAUGGAGGUAGCAACAGCGGCUGUCUUCGUUCACUUCGUGGUGGCGGUGCUUCAUCGGAUGACAGCGAGCCCAUCCUAGCUACGGAAUGCGCAUCGACGCUGUCGGGUCAUUCGCGCUUUAGCAUUCGUACAACUCACUCCCUCUUAAGUUCUUCCCGAUUUCUUAAAUCGCCCGUCGUUUUUCUUCCGUCGUGGGCAGCGUUUAUGAUUUUGGGGAGUGCCGGUUCACAUCGAAAGAAGAGACCGAAGUUCAAGGUUGGAGGCGCCCCUGUGCCGCUCGCACCUUCGCUGCUGGUGCUACCGCCGUCACUUGGAAGACGACGACCAUGGCGAGCAGCGACGUGAUCGAGGUGUUCAUUGAGACGUUGCACGGCACCGCCUUUGAGCUGCUCGUCUCGCCUGCGGACACUGUGGUUUCGAUCAAGUCGAGGAUAUCAAGACUCGAAGGCAUCCCAGUGUCCCAGCAGCACCUGAUCUGGCAGUGCCAGGAGCUGCCAGACGACUCAUCCUUGCAUGAAUGUAACAUCACCGAUGGAGCCACCAUCAAGCUCGUGCUGGGUAUGCGAGGAGGGCCCAUCAACACCCGCAAAGCCUAUCUGGAGGAGCGCCCAACCCUGAAUGAUGUGGCCAAGUAUCUAGACACCAAAGGGGGGUGUAUGCUUUUCAUUGUGAGCGUAGACUACUACCAUUGCAGAGUGAAAGGAAAACUUCAUUGA